UGGUUACGAACUAGACUGUACAGUUGUGUACUCGACUCGGAUACUAACGUUGCCGUACCGCGAUUACAGUUAGGUGGUAGGUGAUGGAAACAUAUGUUUAAGAUUUGACCGUCUGAACAACAUUAAAUCGCAGUUGAAAUCUGACAGUUAAUCGGUAGUCCCGCUGUUCGGCCCCCUCUUUUCUUUCUUUCCCCCUGUUUCUGUCCUUCGAGAUGAAAUCCCUGCUGACAUUUCUCGUCCUUCUCGGUGUUGUCUUCGGAGCCGAUGACAUCUUCCCGGAUGAUGCUUAUGUGUUUCAACAUCACACGCAGAAGGAGUUGAAGCAAGUUUUGGAUGAUACUCACGAGGAAUGCCCCGACAUAACCAGGGUGUACAGUGCUGGCAAAAGUGUAGAUGGAGCUGAGUUAUGGGUGAUUGAAAUAACCGACUAUCCUGGAGAACAUGAGAUUGGUGAACCUGAAUUCAAAUACAUUGGCAACAUGCACGGUAAUGAAGUGGUGGGCCGCGAGAUACUGCUGGUUCUCAUCCCUUAUCUCUGCAAGAUGUACAAUUAUGGAGAUCCUGAAACCAGGCAGCUGGUCGACAACACCAGGAUCCACAUUAUGCCAUCCAUGAAUCCGGAUGGGUAUGCUAAGGCUUACCAGAAGGUUGUUGUGGAAGAUGAUCCGGAUUGGCUGACCGGUCGUGCCAAUGCUCAUGACAUCGACCUGAACCGUAAUUUCCCCGAUUUGAUCAAAUACCUGUACCACAACACCAAAAACCACGAUUUCUCACGGAUCUUUGGCAAGAACAACCACAUCGCAGCAGUCAUGGAAGAUAUCCAACACGAGCUCGAACCAGAGACUGUUGCAGUCAUGGAGUGGCUUCAGGAGUAUUCUUUUGUGUUAUCAGCCAACCUCCACGGUGGGGAUCUUGUAGCCAACUACCCGUUUGAUUCCAGCUUCAACGGCAGCACACAGUACCAAGCUUGUCCUGAUGAUGAAAUGUUUGUCAAGCUUGCCUCUACCUACUCAGAGGCUCAUGGUAAGAUGUCGGACGAAAACAGGAAGUCGUGCGAUGGCAAGGGCGGCCCAACAUUUGAUGAUGGAAUUACCAACGGCGCUGCAUGGUACCCGCUCAAUGGAGGCAUGCAAGACUAUAACUACCUCCAUACCAACUGCUUUGAGCUCACACUGGAACUGGGAUGUGACAAGUUUCCGUCGGAAUCCAAACUCAAAGGCUUCUGGGAGGACAACAAGCCAGCGCUACUACAAUAUAUCAAGAUGAGCCAUGCUGGAAUCACGGGCUUGGUGACUGAAUAUGAUCCAUACGGAGUGGGAGUUGGGAUUGAACAUGCUACCAUCUCGGUGGAGGGUAUCACCCACGAUGUGACCACAGACAAGGGAGGUGACUACUGGCGUCUGCUGACUGCCAACGCAGACGGCUCCCCACGCCACUACAAGGUCCGAGCGUCGGCGCUGGGCUACAUACCCUCCGAGCCACAGGUCUGCACCGUGUACGAUGACAUGCAAGCCACUCAGUGCAACUUUGUUCUGGAGCGUGACAACACGAUUCCGGAGCUGUCUCCGAAGGAGCUAGAGUUACUCAUGAAGGAACUUGAAAACUAUAUCUAAGAAAACAACAGGUAUAAGAAAUCAUUCUCCAAAGCACACCUUGAUGUACAUCGUGACUUCAUUAGUUUCUGAAACGGUUACAUGUACACCAGUGCAUUUAAACAAGUGAUGGGAAGAGUUAUAGUAGGACCCAUGAAGAUGGAAUCUAGAAUAAAUUGGCGCAAUUUAUUCCACUAUUUCUGUCACAGAAUAACUUCAUAGAUAUGGAGGCGCGGCCCAAAAUCUUAAACCUGGGGCACGUCUAAAACCUUGAUCAGCUAAACCAAUAAAUGAAACUACUGAAGUGUGAUAAAUCAAUGGUCACAUCUUGAGAACUUGCUUAAAUUAGGGUUAAAGGUAUCACAGUAAUUUUAAUGGUAUGUAAAUGCCACCUUGGAUCUUUAUAUCGGAAUUGAUAUUUUAGGAAAAAAAAGGUCAUUUUUAUUAUACAUCCAGAUACUGAUAUUUUUUAGAAGACGACUGAGUAUUGAUGAGAGAAGCGUGGGAAAGAGAUGAGAGUUCAGGGGGCGGGGGAUGACUUGUUGGAUUGAAAAUAUUCAGUUUGCAGAUUUUAAAAAAGAAUUGGAACUAUACCGAUCACGGAUACACACUAAUGGUAUGAUCAAUGCAUGGUGUGCAUACCACACAGAGAACGAGUAACUGUCAUGGAUAAUUUUUUUGUUGUGUGUCGGUGAGUUUAGACUAUCAGAGCAAUAUACAUGUAGAGUGCUUCGUUCCGUAAUCCAUCGUAAUUGGCAUGAUUGUGUAUAAAUGUAGAAGAAAAGAAGUCGAUUCACAGUCAUUUGUAAGAAGUGACCGGUAAUCAGUAGUCGUCGUUGUCGGAUGGUUCUGAACUCAGGAUGAUAUGUUUGGAAUUCUUCCAUUAGAUGUGAAAGUACGUGUAUCAUUUUCUUCAGUUUGAAGAUUUUCAUCGACAGUACAUAUUGAUAAGCCCUGGUUGCUUCCAACGGAGUACGUGUAGUUUACUUAUAUCAGACCGAUGAAGCUGAAAGUGGAAAUGUUCACUAUGCACCGUUAUGUCCCACAGCCUAACGGCCAUUGGCCCAACCCAGUAUGAAUGACGACGUGGCCCUGACCACCUGGACUUGUACACAAGUCAGUAUGAAAUCCAGAUGCAGCUGAAAAUUUCCCCUCAAAGUUUAAAGAAUAAAUCCAUGGAAUGGAUUCCAUGUUAUCACUGUCUGAUUGAGAAUUGCUCGUGAUCAGGGCCAUUUCAUUGUUAAGUAGUUAAUCUUAUUUGUAAUUCUAGUAGCGAUUUGACCACUGUAAUGUUGUGAACGUUAGACUCGGUGCGAUAAAUGUAUGUGUAAUUCACAAAGACUGUACCACCUUGAACUUUGAUGUAGUUUGAAUUUUUGGGCAGAGGUUGUUUUCAAGACCUGCAGGUAUACAGUUCCCUUCUGGACUUAGCAGAAGUAGAGAGGGGCCAUUCCAUGGGGUUGGGGCACAAUUUGUGACGGUGUCCCUGUUACAUGGGUAACUUUUGCCACCUGUCAUGACCUGUAGAGUUGGUCAUUUACUCUGUAAAAAUAACACACACCUCUGUAUUCAGCCCUGCAACAUGUAUAAUUUGGGAUCCACAUGCAGGAAAAUAGCUGUUCAUUUUACGGAACCCACGUAACAUUGGACACCGUCACAAACUGUGCUCCAACCUCAUGGAAUGACCCACAGACGACCUGUCUUUUGCUUGAAUGCACCAGUGUGUAAUCUGGUGUUUGAGAAGCGGCGUCUAUAAUGGUUGGCAGGAGACACCUGCAGAAGGGUAAGCUUCAUAGGUUUUGCAUUUCUAGUAAUCGGUGAUAAUUGCAUCCCUAGGCUGAUUUGAAGCCAAAUUGACCUCAGCGAUUAAAGCUGUUCAAAAAAAAAAAGAAUGCAGAAUUUUUUUAUGAUGCAAGGUGACUGGGCAAAAUGUGAUGGGCGUAAGCAUCGAAGUUUAUUUGCAGCUGAGCAAAUCAUUAUUUUUUUGCAUGUAAUUUUGAUUGCACUGACUCAGAAUGGAUUUGAAAUUUGGAAGUUCACUGAGAGAUAAUUACUGUAUUAAUGACUGAAGCAUGGUGAUCUUUGCGGAUGUAAUUACAGACUAUUCUAACGUUUCCCCAUUAGUACUUUUUGCUGUGUUCAUGGCAUUACCCGAUUCUUUAUUCUAACUUAAACUGGGCUCUUGCUAACCUAUAAACAGGUUUCCUACCUCUUUUAACAAAGUUCACAACCUUGAUUUUGAUUCAAGGAGUGAUUGGGACUCCGAUGAAAAUUAUUUAUGCCUCUUGAAGUUGAACCUUUAAACUAAGUGCAAUAUCUUUGGUGUCGUUAACGAGGAGUAGUGCUGAGUAGUGUCAAGUAUGCACCUUGUAAUCAGGUUAUGGUACUAACAAAACAGGUGUUAAUGAAUUUGUUCAGGCCUAAAUUUUAUUUCAUUUUAAAUUUGCAGGAGUGAAAUUUAUUUCCUCCAUGUUCUUGCUUGUUUUGGACUGUAUCUAUUGUAAAUCAUAUAAAGGUAUAUUUAUUUUUUUCAAAAUACGAGUAACUCUCUUCUCUGCACACGUGCAUGCAUGUAAGUCUCAAUCAACAUGUUACUUGUAAUGUUGUCAUUGCUGUCACCAGCUUGUACUUAAAAUCAUUCAGCCAAUACAUUCCUAACGUAAUAUUUUCAGCCAGUAUUUGCACUUAAAUAUGUUUGACAGAUUCCAAUAUUCAAGACAAUCUCAGAGUAGUGUUUUCCAUUUGUUGUUUAUACUCACUAGCACAAAAAAGAGGUGUGGCAUUUUGUAAAGAUCUGGUAUUUCGAAGAAAGAAAUAAGAUGACCUAUGACAUAUGAUCAACUUAUGCUACAGGGGUGAGAUUCGUCACGAUUCCAUGAUUUUUCAAACAGUUGCUUUAAAAAUCUGGAAAGUCCUGAGUUUACUGUUCAAGGUGUUUUUACGUAUAUAAAAGUUGAUAUACGUGUAGAAUACAAGGACUAGGUAUUUGUGACUCUGCCAAAAUGGCCCUUGGGCUAAUGUGUGACAAAUUGAUUUGAAGUGAUGCCCAGAGCAUUUUAACAAGGACUAAAUUGAGUAUUUUUGACCUCCGUUGCACAUUCUAUUCCCGAGACACAGUAAAAUUUAGAAUUGAUGUCUGGCAGGUGUACGGAAUAGUCUGUUACGUAAAUGUAGAGAGGCAAAGCAUGACUUGACGGCCUUUUUUGCAGAGUGAGUCACAUUUUAAGGAGUGCCUGGCGGCAACCACAAACAUAUACCAUAGACCCUAUUCUGGUGCGGAGCCUUCAAAACCUCUUGAUUAUUUCAUUUAUAUUUCACAAUCCUCCAGUGACACCCCCCCAUGCUGUCAUAUUCCAUUAUUCUCUACCCUAUUUCUGAUCCUAGCUUAAGUUCCAGAUCUCAAUUUUUCCUAAUUUUAGCACUUACGUACAUCAUACAAGUGCAUUAGUGGUGAUUAGUGGUUGUGCGUGUGUAGUCAUUGUGAAGAAAGUCCUCGAAUUAUUUUCUGUUGUAGAAUUGCAGUGUAUAUUUUGGCUCUAUAUUUUGGUUUCAUCACAAUGUAAUGUCAGUACUCGGUUCUAAUAACAUAUACAUGUACAUGUGUAAA